ACUGCUCAUUUCCGUACAACGAAAGUGGAUGGAGACGACGACUGUUAAGCUCCAAAACGGACAAAAAUCAACAUAAUAGUGGUCCACGUGAUUCGUAAACUGUAUCCAAAGCCAUACACCUGCUUUAUGAGAGGAAUAUACCGAAAUGUGAUAAUCGUGCCGCCUCGCGCCGUAGCUCUCAAAUCUAGUUCCAUUUUCUGUAUGUUCAAACUUGCACAUAAAACCACAUUGUUUUCGCGUGCAGUGAGUCGCUCCGAGUCACGUUUGUUGAUUAUUUAAAAUGGUACGCGUGUGUGCUUUUCCUGGAUGCUCCAACCGAGAGAAACCGCUGAGACUCCGACAAGCAUCAUCGCAGGAGGAAAGUUUGACUUUCCACACGUUACCGCUGCAUGAUCGCGGGAGACUGGCGCUGUGGCUGCUCGCUCUUCGCCGGGAUCUGGACUCACCCAUUGAAUCUCUUCGCACACUGAGGGUUUGCGGUGAUCAUUUCUCGCCUGACGAUUUCAGUGCCGUCCCGGGAACAAAACGACGACUUCUCAGAGCAACAGCUGUGCCUGGGCAAUCUGUACAUCGAACCGAGGAGACUGUGAGUGGUUCAUAUCUUCAAAUUGGACCACAUGGGGAACUUCAGUCAAAGCUUAUUUUGACCGUUCCAAAUUCAGAACCAUCUACAAGUUCAUCAUCUUUAGGGGCCUACUAUGCCCUUCCUCCCACAUGGUACUAUCAGUCGGAUGAACCUGAACAGGCUGAACUACGUAUGGAAGAUAAUUUUGAUGUAGAUGACAGCAUGGAUUCUGUUGCUCAUCCAGAAGCAGGUGUCCUAAUGGCCUGUGAGGAUUCCACAGAAUAUCUUACCGGAGAUUCCGAUAGUUCACCAGAAGUGACGCCUGAUACAGUGAACCCAUGCAAGCAGAACAGUACUGAGACAGGUGAAGAAGACCCAGACCCUCAAGAGAGCCUGAUGGAAGGCCAUCAGAUUGAGGACACCGAUAUUAACACAGAGGAUACAGCCCAGUGUUCAGAAGAGCUAGUGAUCACUAAAGUUGAGGAUUUGAGGGAUGAAAUGCCAUUGGAUGAGAUGGAUAGACCAGAUUUUGCAGAAGCAGAGACAGCCAAAGAUGUAAAAAACAGGAAUAUGGAAUCAUCAUCUGGAACGCAAACAAAAUCGGUGUUAAAACUUAGCACAAAUCCUCAUGUUGUCCCACCCUCUGACGUUCUACCUGUGAAGAUCAAAGAUGAACCAAUGGAUGAGGAAUAUAAGAGAGAACCGCAGACCCCAAUGGGAAACAUACAGGAUGAUGAGGAGUUUAAUCAGACACCUGAUGAGAUCAAGAUCCGUGCAGGGUUCUCUAUUGGAGGAAAUGCCACAUUCAUUGGAGCUCCAACAGCCACCUCUGCAAAGGCACCAUCAGUCCAUGAAGAAUCUGUUCCUGGUGUGGCCCCUUUGAAGCCAAUUGGGUUGGUCUGCGCUGGAUGUAAAAAGGUCAUGCUGAAAGGACAGACAGCUUUCCAGCGUAGUGGCUCUGCUAAACUCUUCUGCUCACCUCAGUGCCUCUGCAGCACCUCUACCAUGGUGGUCAAGAAGAAAACCUGUCACUACUGUCUCAACGAGAUUCUUGAUAUGAAAGGUGUGCUCAAUGCCCCAGUGGACAUGGCAGGGACUUUAAAGCAAUUCUGCAGUCAAAAAUGCCUUGGUGAUUUCAACUUUAAAUGCAGGAUGUGUCAGAAGACUUGUGUGACUCAUAGUCAUGAAGUGAACGUGAUGGGCACGGUCCAUAAGCUGUGCAGUGAUGACUGUUUCAACCAGUUCCGCUCCUCCAAUAAGCUGACCAUGAACUGCUGCAUGAACUGUAGUGGGUACUGCAAUAGUACAGAUGGUCAGUGUCCCACUCUGCAGAUAGAGGGUAGUGUUACGAAGUUCUGCAGCCAAAACUGCCUCAAAGCCCACAAAAAGAAGAAUCUGAAACCUGUAACCUGCAAAAUGUGUCGCGCCGUGCGCCUGGCUGCAGAUAUGGUGGACAGUCCAAAUUCCGAGGGCAUCAGAGAGCUUUUCUGCUCCCAUUCUUGUGCCACAGCAAGUAAAGGCCAGACUGCCAACUCCUCAGGCAAACAAGGUGCUCCAGUGGAAUGUAACAACUGCAAGCAGAAGCUUGUGCCUCAGUACCAUCUAGCCAUGUUUGAUGGAACCGUUCAGAACUUCUGCUCCUUGUCCUGUGUAGUGGCAUAUCAGGAAUCUCUCAAUAAGAAAAAAUCUAAAAAAGAGGCAAAAACGGUAACCUCUACAAGCAAGAGCAUAUCUACGCCAAAAUCUGUUGCCCCCAAAACAACUGCUGCCCCCAAAUCGGCUCUUCCAGAGUCCAGCUUAUCAACCAAGACUACCACUCCCAGUGGUCAAGGGCAAACAGUCACCAAGCUCCCAUGCUGUCAAUGUCUGCAAUCGUUUUUCCACAAGCCAGAACUACUGGAGUUCCAGAGAAAAAUGUAUGCCUUCUGUGGCGACGCUUGUGUUGUGGAGUUCAGAAGGAUUAACAAAGUCAAGGCUCUCUGUGAAUACUGCAAGGUCACUAAAGUUGUGAAAAUUGUGAAAAGGAUAAACUACACUGACUUGUAUUUUUGCGAAGAGAAAUGCAAUUUAUUGUAUGAGCAGAACUUGACCAAGCGCUGGGGGAAGAAACAUUGUCGCAGCUGCCUUUACUGUAACGGCAGCUCUAAGACUCUAGUGACUGGUCUCUUCAAUAACAAGCUGGAGGAGUUUUGUGGGAAAGAAUGCUUGACAAAGUACACUGCAUUGACCCGUCAGGAAGUAAAGUGUGGAAUGUGCAGGCAGGCCAAGAAGUUGACAGAGUCUGUGAAAUGGCUGGACGAAAUUAAGCAUUUCUGCAGCUUGAGGUGCCUCAUGUUCUUCUGCAGUCUACAGGGCAUCACUGGAGCAGUCAUCAAAGCUGCAGGCAAAUCUCUGCCUACACAGGGCACGACUCCGUCCUCUGCCGUCCCUCAAGGUACUAAAGAGGCCACACCAGUCAUUGCCAAAGUUGUAUCACUCUCAAGUGCAUCCAGUGGACAGCCAGGUGGCUCAGCAAAGACAGAUCUGAAAGGCUCUGUUCCAUCUGUUACUGUAGAAGUUACAGAAGAAGGAGAUGAUAGUAGACCAAAGCGCAUGGGGAAAGAUCCCCAAGUCCUAAAGAACAAGGCCUCAAAUAAAUCCAAGAGCAAAAGCAAGAACAAAGCCACGACCUGCAAACCCAACACCUGUGAUGUUGAGAUACAAAUAGAUAAAACGCCUAAAGUGAUCGUACUGCCUGUGCCAGUGCCAGUCUAUGUACCACUUCCAAUGCAUCUCUACUCACAAUACAUUCCACAGUCUGUGGGGAUACCACUUCCGGUACCAGUGCCCUUGUUCUUCCCCACUACACUAGACAGUGCUGAGCGCAUUGUUGAGACCAUUCAGGAAAUCAAAGAGAAGAUCCCUGAUGAUCCACUAGAGGCCGACCUCAUAUUGAUGGCUGAGAUGGUGGCUGAGGAUGCAGAGAAGGAGAAAACCAUCACCUCAAUUGAUCAGACUUGUAAGUUGAAAGAGGACCUUGAAUUGAAAGACUUAUCCAGCAAUCAAAACUGGAAGGAGGACUCUGUCUUCUCUGCCCAGACAUGCAAUCAAGAUCAAACCCCAAAGCUUGGGAAGCCUCCUACAUCCAAAUCUACCACACCAACCCCCAUCUCCACCCCAGCAGAAGAGUCACAGAUUUACCAAAAGGCUGAUAUCCCAGUUGCAUCACAGGAGCAGCAGAAAAUUGUCAAGCAGAGAGCUAUCAAGAGAGGCCAUGACAGCAUCCCUGAAAAGCGGCGGUGUGCAGAAACAAUGGCAGCUACAUCAGCUUCAGACACCUUCACUAACCUCUCCAAACUACAACAUGAGUACGGUGUCAGUGCCUGGAAGGACUGGGUACGUUGGAGAAACACCCAACCGAACUUGGAGACACCUAAAUGUGGUUCACGAAGUAUGACACUCAAGGAGGACUUGUUGAAUUGUAGCCCUGCUGAACUCAGCUAUGGCCUCUCCAAGUUCAUCUCUGAGGUUCGGCGACCCAAUGGAGAGAAAUACAGUCCUGAUAGCAUCUUUUAUCUCUGCUUAAGCAUCCAACAGCACCUGUUUGAAAAUAAUCGGAUGGAGAACAUUUUUGUAGACAACUUGUACAGUAAAUUCUGCCAGGAUAUGACCAAUAUACUCAAGGGGUGGAAACCAGCUCUUUGGCCCAGCGGUAAUGUUCAUUCUCGUGUGGAGGAGAAGUACUUGUGGGACUGUAAGCAGCUGGGGGCAUUCUCACCCAGUGUCCUGCUCAACACGCUGAUUUAUUUCUUCACCAAGUUCUUCUACUUCAAGACAGUGGAACAGCACCGGCGCCUCUGUUUCGGCAAUGUCAAACGCUACUCUGUUCGUAAAGUGUCCUAUUUGCGUUUCUACCCCCCUGUAGAUGACACAGAUACUGUCCCUGCAAAGAAGAGGAAGAAGGAAGAUGACAAGAAAAAGGUGCUAAAGAUAAGAGAGAAUACUAAGAACCCUCUCCGUUGUCCCGUCAGGUUGUAUGAGUUUUAUCUAUCUAAAUGCUCACCCAGUGUGAGACAACACGAGAAUCUGUUCUACCUGAGCCCUGAACGCUCCUGCGUGCCGAGCAGCCCCAUGUGGUUCUCAACCACCUCGCUGACUGACGAGGCACUGGACAGUAUGCUCACACGCAUCCUUACAGUCAGAGAGCUGCAUGUGGAGGAAGACAAAUCCCCUAAUGAGAAUGAUUCAGAUAGUGACUCAGACUGAGACAUGGUGCACAUUAAAAUGACUGUAAAAUAUGUCUCAGAAUCAUCCAGUAGAAAUCUUUCCUGUAUGUUAAAUACCACAAAUCUGAGAGAACCUAAGUUCCACCUUUUUAGAAAUUAACUAUUUGUGAUAAAUGGAAAGCAAGUCUUUGUUAUAUAUUUUUUCCAUAUUUGAUCUUGUUGUUACAAGUGACAAGUCUGUAUAAAAUUUUUUUUUUUUUUUUAAGUGGUGGGAGAAUGAGCAAUGUGAACUAGAAAAUGUGGAGAUUUCAAGAACAGUUUUUGAAAGGUACAUGAGAUUGUAUGUGCUAGGAUAACGCUAGACUCUUUACUGACAUCGAGUCUCCUUUGUAUUAUACUGAUAAACACAAGUCUUUGGCAGUAUCAUUCAAAAAACGGAUUUUAAAGCUGAAGAAUGUAAUUUUUGGGUGUUAAAAUACUUUCUCCUAUCCCACCAUAAUAAGCAGACAAAUAUAUGUAAACCAUUCGUAGGCUAGUUUUCUCGAAAACUAAAAACUGUCGCUGUAGCGCUAUAAAAAUGUCUCUUUGUUUUGAGUGACUUGUCCAGAGCAGGACUAUGUUUGUUCGAGCAACAGAAAUUGGGGGUCAUAUUCGGAAAGUCUGUUAGAAAACAAUGAAUGCUUUUACAUGCACGUUCUUACACCGAUUAUGCUUAAUAAGCCGACAACGCAUGCGGGCAUGAAAACACAAUAAACCGCGUUCCUUUAUCGGUGUAAAGGCCAUAAACGGCUUAAGAAUGAACUGGUUGACACGGGUAGAGUUUUGCCAAUUACGCAGAUUGCACGUGCCAUGUAAACAUCGCAGCCGGUGUUCUUAAGCCGGUGUCUCGCUAGCUGAUUUUUCCAAUGAUUUUCAGGUGUUAGCUUCAUUAAUAUAAUCACCGGCCAGGCAGAGGGAGACAAGGCAGCCAUUAGCGUUUCUCAGUGGGAGGUGUUAAUCUCUUGACCAUUGGGACUCCCUGAUGAGUUACUGGCUUGAAACACUGAAAAUACACAUCCAGCUUGCUUGAAAUUUUCACUGGCUGUGGGUGGGGCGUGAACAUGUCACCAAUGAGUGCAGUUUGUGACUGAAAAGUCAAGAGACAUUGAUUGUCACCAUAUUUUGAUAAUGAUCUGUCUAUUUAAUCAUUUCAUAUAGUUGUGCAACAAGUUAACAGUUGUUAGCUGGUCAUUAUCGCAAAAUAAACCCAUCCAAGGUUAAAGUGCAUUAUUCGUCUGUUAAUAUCGAUUUAUAAACACACACGUGUAAAUGAAAGCAACUGUUAUGGUUGCGUUCUUACCUCAAUUCCCACUGAAGAACUGCCAAGGCAUAUAGUCCGCGUAAGUGUGGUCUUUUCCAAAACUUUUGGUGCUUACUAUUCUUUCUACGUCUAGCCAGAAAUCAUAAAACGGAAACUGCUGCCGCAAAACACUGCUUGCUGUUCAUGUUUAUCUGUGUGUUCAUGUUUCGCACAGAGGUGGUGCUCUUGCUCUUAUUUCUGCAAGCUUCAGGUUGAUUGGCUGCGAAAAAGGGGCAUGACAGUGAAGCGCAGAGAAAAGUCAAAGGCAGUGGUUAAGUGUGACACCUCCCCUCCAUUUUUAACCUGUAAAUGUGACAGGCUCUCUGACUAGGUGGGAAAGAUCAGCAACAACAGU